AUGAUCACUUUCAAAAGUAACAGAAGACAUCAGUUGUUCACUUCUUCAACAACAAUCAACAUGCAACUAUUGGUCAUCGCUGCUUUCUUGGCCGUCGCUGCCGCUGCGCCUUCCAGCUACAAGCCGGAAUACAAAGCUCCCAGCUACUCGGAACCAAGCUACUCCACACCAGCUUACUCCGCACCAAGCUACAACAAGGAUAACAAAUACGCUGACAUUACCAUCACCAGCCAAUCUGAUGUCCGCAACCUCGACGGCAGCAGCCAGUGGAGCUAUGCUCAGUCAGACUACACCACCCGUGAGGAGUCUCAGGUCCAGAAGAAGAUGCAAGGAGUCACCUACGAUUCUUACGGCAAAGAAUCGUACGGUGAAGUCCUAGGCAACACCAACAAGGGAUCCUCUUACUGGGUUUCACCUGAAGGCCAGAAAUUCACUCUCACCUGGGCCGCUGAUGAAGCCGGUUUCCAACCCAAAGGUGACCACUUGCCCGUCGCCCCCGUCCAUGAAUACGAGCUCCCAGUUGCUCCCGUCCAUGAAUACGAGCUCCCUGUCGCCCCCGCUCUUCCUUAUUCCCGCACCGGACUCGGUUAUUAACAUGCAAACGUUUCUUUAGGGUAAUGUUGAAAAAUUUGUACUGCACGAAGUAUGCAAGUUUAA